AAACACAAAUUUCCAUCAACAGGAAAACACACAAUACAAAAGCAAAGAACCGUCUUCUCGCUCUCUUUGUUUUCUGGAGAAGGGCAAAACCACCACACCAAAACACCAUCCAAUCCAGUUUCUCGCCGGAGCUUAUUUAAUUUCUCUCGUCGGCACUCUACUCUUUAUGCUAUUUCUGAUCGCACUGGCGACACUUCCUGUUUCCCGUUAACUUCCCGGUCGCCGGUGAAUUUUGGCUUAACAUUUUUGGAUUUAUUAUGAAGAAUAACAGCAAGGCAAAUAAUAGUACCAAGUCCAACAACAAUCGCUUUCUCCCAAAUUCUUUGAAAUUCAUUUCUUCUUGCAUUAAAACUGCGUCUUCCGGUGUCCGCACCGCCAGCGCUUCCGUUGCCGCUUCUAUCUCCGGUGAUAAUCAAGACCACAAAGACCAGGUACUUUGGGCUUCCUUUGACCAACUAGAGCUUGGACCAUCUUCCUUCAAACAUGUUCUAUUACUUGGGUACUCCAAUGGCUUUCAAGUCAUUGAUGUUGAAGAUGCCUCUGAUGUCAUUGAACUUGUUUCAAAGCGCGAUAAUCCAGUUACAUUUUUACAGAUGCAGCCCCUCCCUGCCAAAUCUGAGGGCCGUGAAGGAUUCAGAGCAUCACAUCCUUUGCUCUUAGUUGUUUCAUGUGCUGAAUUAAAGAGCUCAGGUCCAGUGUUUGGUGGGAGAGAUGGUUUAGUCAGAGAUGGCUAUAAUGAGCCUCAAGUGGGAAACCUUUCCAUAUCUGCUACUACUGUGCAGUUUUACUCACUACGAUCUCAUAAUUAUGUUCAUUAUCUGAGAUUUCGUUCAACUGUGUUUAUGGUUAGAUGCAGUCUACAUAUAGUGGCCGUAGGCCUAGCAACACAAAUAUACUGUUUUGAUGCUUUGACUCUGGAGAACAAAUUCAGUGUCCUCACUUAUCCUGUCCCUCAGUUGGGAGGCCAAGGAAUGAAUGGAGUUAAUAUUGGAUAUGGUCCAAUGGCUGUGGGUCCCAGGUGGUUAGCUUAUGCUUCUGACAAUCCACUGGUGUCAAACACAGGCCGCUUAAGUCCACAAAGUCUUACUCCUCCACUGGGUGUCAGUCCAUCAACUCCCCCAGGCAGUGGGAGUUUGAUGGCCCGUUAUGCAAUGGAAUCUAGUAAGCAAAUAGCUAGCGGGUUAAUAAAUUUGGGAGACAUGGGCUACAAGACUGUGUCUAGAUAUUGUCAAGAUCUUAUCCCCGAUGGUUCUAACUCUCCUGUAUAUUCAAAUUCAAGUUGGAAAGUUGGUCGGGGUGCAACACAUUCUGCAGAAACAGAUAAUGCUGGAUUGGUGGUUGUUAAAGAUAUUGUUUCGGGAGCUGUGCUAUCACAAUUUAGAGCUCAUACGAGUCCAAUUUCUGCUCUUUGUUUUGAUCCAAGUGGUACACUUUUGGUUACUGCCUCAAUUCAUGGGAAUAACAUAAAUAUUUUUCGGAUUAUGCCCUCCUCUCACAGUGCAUCAGGCAAUAAGAGCUAUGAAUGGAGCUCUUCUCAUGUGCACCUUUAUAAGCUCCAUCGUGGCAUUACAUCAGCUGUGAUACAAGACAUUUGCUUUAGUCACUGUAGUCAGUGGAUUGCCAUUGUUUCAUCCAGGGGUACUUGCCAUAUUUUCAUGCUUUCUCCUUUUGGUGGUGAGAAUGUUCUUCAAAUUCACAAUCCACUUGUUGAUGGGCCUAGCCUUUCAACAGUUUUAUCUUUGCCAUGGUGGUCUACUCCUUCCAUGGUAAACCAGCAAUCUUUUCCUGCAUCACCACCAUCACCUGUUACCCUGUCUGUGGUGAGCAGAAUAAGAAAUAAUAACACUGGCUGGCUUAACACAGUUAGUAAUGCUGCAUCUUCUGCAGCAGGAAAGGCCUCAGUUCCAUCUGGUGCUAUUGCUGCUGUUUUUCAUAGCUGUGUGCCUCGAGAUUUGCAACCUUCUCUUUUGAAAAAUGUUAAUGCUUUGGAGCACCUAUUGGUCUACACUCCUUGUGGUCAUUUAGUUCAAUACAAAUUGCUGUCACCAGCAAGGGGAAAAUCAAGUGAAGCUGCUUCAAGAAUUGGACAAGGUUCUUCAGUGCAGAUACAAGAUGAAGAAUUACAAGUGAAUGUGGAAUCUGUUCAAUGGUGGGAUGUUUGCCGAAGAGCAGAUUGGGCAGAAAAAGAGGAAUGUAUUUCUGGAAUUACUCUAGGCAGGCUAGAAACUACAGACUUGCCCAUGGAAACUUCUGAUUGUGAAGAUAAUUAUAGUGAGCAUGUGGAUUCAUUAAAGUCCCAUAAGCCAUUUCACUUGUUUCAUACAUACGCAGAUUUACAGACGAGCUCAUGGAAGAUGCCACUUUGGCAGAAUCAAAAGAUUCAUUUCUACGAGAUGGCUGGUGGAGAGAAUGAAAUAGAGAAGAUUCCAGUUCGAGAGGUUGAAAUUAGGCAGAAGGAUUUAUUACCUGUUUCUGAACAUUUUCACAGAACUCUCUCUAAUUGGACAGACAGGGGCCUUAGUGUUGAAAGAUACUCAACUUCAUUGGCUGGUGGUUCUGAAGAAGCUAAAGACUUGGAAGAUGCUGUUAUUUCCCACUCUAAGUCAGUCUCAACUGGCUCAGCUGCAAAUGAUGGAUCUUUAACAAAGUUUUAUCCUCUCAUUCUCCAAUCUGGUAAUAAUACUGCUGGACAAGGAGGGAUUUCUGUUUCGGCAUCAUCCAUCCAGUACAAAAGUUCUAUUAAGAAAGAUAGCAGUUCAAUUUCUUUCAAACAAUCUCAAAUGGGUAUCUCCCCUGAGAACAAUAAUUCUAUGGAUACUAAUAUAACAUCUUUAACCAGUGGCUCAUCUUCCGCUGGUAAAACAAUUGCAAAAGAAUUUCAAUCAUCAAAUGGUUUGGUAACUAGUGAAGCUUCAAACACAAGCUCCAACCUUUCCAACUUGAGUAAGAAAAUUAUAGAUGAAGGGCCAACUAAUGAUUCAUUGGAUUUUAAGCAGUUUUUUCAAGAGGGUUACUGUAAAGUGAAGUCCUCAAGUGAAUAUCAUGAAUCGGCGGAAGUCAGUUUUGUGGACAACAACAUCAGUCCUUGUGAUUUAGAAAAAUCUGAAGAAGAUGGUGACAAUGAUGAUAUGCUUGGAGGUGUUUUUGCUUUCUCUGAGGAAGGUUGAUGUCUGUCUUCCCAUUUUCCAGUUCUGCGGAAUUAAUUACACCUUCCAUUUCAUUCAAUUUAUUGUGCAAAUGUUGGUCAAAUGCCAGCCUAAUGGAGGGUUAGAUACUGAUUGAUAAAAAGUUGCAGGUAAUAUCCUCUCAACAUCGCAUAGGGAAUGAUACUGACUGGUUAAUACAAGAUCCCUGCCAGUGCAAAUGCCUGGCUUCUCCCAUUCUAAUUCUCAUGUACAUGCUGUAAAUUGAUAUUCAUAAUAACAAUGAUUUGUGCGGAAAGGUUCAUUUUGUGCUUUGUAUUCAUUCUUCAAAGGAAAAGAAAAUAGAAUAAAAAAAAAUUGAAAGAUCUUAUUAUUCCUACACAUAUCAUUCUUUUGUCGGUUCAGGUAUUUGUAAGAUGAAUGGAAUUUUCAACACCUGUUUUUCGAAGUGUUCAUA